GGAAUGGCUUAAGCCGACGAGGUAUCAAGUAUACCGAAGAUGGUGCUAUAGAUUGGCAAGCUAUGGCUUCUGAUGGACAAUCGCAAAAUAAAGGGAUGUACGCUGGCCAGGAUGCACCUUAUCAUAAUGCUUAUAACUAUCCUCCUGGAGCUUUUAAUGGUAUGCAAACCCCUCCACAAGGGCCCGCCAACAUGAACGGUAAUUAUGCAAACAACGCACAAGCUUCUGGGGCUACUAAUGGCAAUCAAGGUAAUCCUCAGUUUUAUGGUAAUGGUACUAGCAAUAACGCUGCCUAUAAUCACAAUAAUCCAUACAUCAAUAACGCUGCUUAUAACAAUGGUCCUUACGCCAACGAUGCUGCUUAUAACAGUGGCCCUUACGCUAAUAAUGCUGCUUACAACAAUAACCCCCAAGGUCGUUAUGAUAACGUUAAUAACCUUGCAGGUUAUAGCAACGGCUAUCAGCAGCAAAAUAAUCCUUAUAAUCAAGGCAAUCAAGGUAAUCAAGGUAAUGCAGGUUAUGGCGGAUCAUAUGGCAACCAACAAGCUAGCAACAACUUUUCUCCCCGAAAACAAUAUAACAAUCCCAAUAGCUACGGUAUCCAACAGGGUGCAAACACUGCUAGUGGGCAAACUGCUCCCAACAGCAACGUCAGGCUUGCUGGUGCUUCUCCAAAAGAUGAUGGAUAUACUCGAGGAGAAGGAACCUUUUAUGAUUUGGAGACACACGUUGGCAUUUGUGGACAACGAAGAAAAAACACAGAAAUUGUUACUGCUUUGAAUUCUAAGCAAAUGGGUACACCUGAUAGUAGAAAUCCUAAUUGUGGUAAAACUAUAGAAAUAGUUGGACCUAAUGGCAAAUCAGUCAGGGCUACCAUUGUGGAUGACUGCAAAACUUGCCAAACGGGAGGGCUUGAGAUGAGCCCAGCAGCUUUUGAGCAGCUGGGUGAUUUUAGCCAUGGAUCUGUUCCAAUCAAAUGGAAGUUUGUCAAUUAA